CAGAUAGUUGGAGUAGACACUCUUCUGCUUCCUGCCUUCCUGCCUGCCUCGCUCGCUUUGCUCUGUGGCCGAGAGAGAGACGCAGAGAGAAAAUCCCUGUCUAGGCAUGGACCUCCGGCUGCAGCACUCGGCAGCUCGCGAGGAAUGACAACAGUUCACAUGGUCAUUAACUCCAGUCGCCGAGGCUGACGGGAGAGCUGCGCUGUAGCUCAGUGUCACAGAAGCUCAGGGUGCCUCCUGUGCUUGGGACAACUGACAGACAGAGGCACUCAGCAGAGCUACUGGAUCCAGUGGAACGAGAUCGCUGACAGAAAGUGCCUUGUGAGACAACAUCCCUACUUGAAGAUCCUCGAGUGUCACCGAAGAGCUCCAGAUUUUACCCUCUGCGGUCGUGACAGGACACGGCUCAGCUGCAAGCACCCCUGACCUUUGGUUUGUCCUUACCUGCGCUCUGCGUGAGGAAACUCUGAGUUAGGAGGCGGAGCUGCUGCACUGUUGGCCAAGCUGCCAAAGCUCAGAGAGAGUACAGACUGAAGACUCUAAACAAUAGAAGCCACAAACUUUGUGUUGUCCUGAACUGUGCCAUUGUACCUCAAAAUAGCACCACUUUUGUUCCCCAACAUCCGCCCUUGUGAAGAUAUCAUCACUCAUACGAAGGACAUUUUGGGGACAUUGGUUAAACCAGUAGAGCUUGUCUCCGAGCAUGCCCCCUCUGCCUUGUCAGAGGUCUGCACCUGAGACUUGCUGAUUGAUGAACAAUUAGCUCUUUGACUGACAAACUCCACAAUAACUCAAUAGUGCAGUCCCAUGCUCAGGUCACAGAGACUUUGCCAGACCAUUACCUCCAGUUUCCUGUCUGCAAGGACAAAUCUAAUUCACUGACCUGAAGCAGAUCAUUAAUAGCUACAUGUCCCAUCAGUUUUAGUUGUUUUUAUUUUUUUAAUUUUUCUUUUUUUUUUUUUUACUGGAACACUCUGAAAGACCUCCUCAGAGGAUAGCCUUCUCCUUAAACCAAGUGGCUCCACUCCAUCCCGGCUCCACAGCCAGUGCUGUUGACAUGGCUCUAAACAUUGCCUCGAUACGGGACACAAAAUGGCUGACCCUGGAAGUGUGCCGACAGUUUCAGAGAGGGACUUGUUCACGCAGUGAUGAAGAAUGCAAAUUUGCCCAUCCACCUAAAAGCUGCCAGGUGGAGAAUGGGAGGGUGAUCGCCUGUUUUGACUCGUUAAAGGGCCGCUGCACGCGAGAGAACUGCAAAUACCUCCACCCGCCCGCUCACCUGAAGACCCAGCUGGAGAUCAACGGGCGAAACAACCUGAUCCAGCAGAAGACAGCGGCCGCCAUGUUGGCCCAGCAAAUGCAGUUCAUGAUCCCCGGCACCACCAUGCAGCCUGUGCAGACGUUUCCAGUCAGCCAGGGCCUGGGUUCCAGCACAGGUCUGAGCUACACGCCUUACCUGACCCCGAUGUCCCACAGCAUGAGCCUGGUGCCCACAGACAUCCUGCCCAGCACCCCCGUUAUCGUCCCCGGCAGCCCGCCCGUCUCCAUGACCGCCGGCUCCUCCUCCAACCAGAAACUUCUGCGUACUGACAAACUGGAGGUUUGCCGCGAGUUCCAGCGGGGCAACUGCGCCCGGGGCGAGACGGACUGCCGCUUCGCCCACCCCAGCGACAGCCCCAUGAUCGACACCAGCGACAACACGGUCACCGUCUGCAUGGACUACAUCAAGAGCCGCUGCUCGCGUGAGAAGUGCAAGUACUUCCACCCCCCGGCCCACCUGCAGGCCAAGAUUAAGGCCGCCCAACACCAGGCCAACCAGACAGCUGUGGCUGCACAAGCCGCCGCCACAGCUGCAGCCAUGACUCAGUCGACUGCCAAAGCAAUGAAGCGACCCCUCGAGGCAACUGUAGACCUGGCGUUUCCCCACGGCGUCCUCCAGCCCCUACCAAAGAGACCAGCACUUGAGAAGAGCAACGGAGCGAGCUCCCUGUUCAACCCCAGUGUUUUGCACUACCAGCAGGCGCUGGCCAACGCACAGCUCCAGCAGCCCGCUUUCUUUCCCACAGGGUCAGUCUUGUGCAUGACUCCUGCUAGCAGUCUUGUCCCAAUGAUGUACAGUGCUACGCCUGCUACUGUCUCUGCAGCAACAACUCCUGCCACAAGUGUCCCCUACGCAGCAACAGCACCAGCCAAUCAGAUCAUCCUGAAGUAAGCGUUGGGAAGGGAACGGAGUGUCACGAAGCUGCACUAGGAAACCCAAAACAGCCCCUCUGUAAAUACUACCUUACCUCUCCCAUAGAGGUCCAGCAACCUGCAUGCUAAGAGUGUAACACUUCAAUUUAACCGUAAGAACUGCAGUGCCGGUGUAACACACACAGAAAAAAAACAACAAUAUAUACUGUAUGUAUUGCUAGAAAAAAAACUGUUAACACGAAAAAGUCAAAAAUAUUCUUAUGUAUAGUACAUACAUAGCACUAUAGAGGUCAUUUAACAACCCAGAACACCAUGGAUCCCCUCUCUCUCUCUCUUGCAUAUUUAUUCUAAAAACCUCUGCACAAAGUUCAUCCCUUUGGUUCGUAAAAAAGGAAAAUCAGUUUGAUUUACACUAUAUGACACGUAUAGUGCUUAACGCUGAAGCGGGAAGAGUGACAGAAAACCCAGGCACAACCACACCUACGCACUCGGCGCUUUCAGGAGGGGUUUUUGCGGUCUUUUGCUUUUUCUCUCUCUCUACAAAGUUGAAUGUCCUUGGGGCAGACGGGCUCAUGUUUUCUUAAUACGACUGUCCCUGCGAAGGGUUCCUCCGUGACCCUCAUCUGCCCCAGAUGCUGUUAAGAUGCCAUGUCGAAGCUUACCCUCCCUUCCCCUCCUUCCUCCUUCCCUGCCAACUUUUCAUCUCCAGAAACAUCUUGCCAAAGUCGCGGCUUGGAAGGAGUCCGCCGAAUCAACCUGCCAGAAAGCAGAGCCACAUUUAAACACCCCUCCUAAUGUUUCUUUUUUUUUUCAAACACAACUCAUUCGCCCUUUAUUUGUUGUGCUGCUGGGUUCAGAUUGGAUUUUUUUGGGGGGGACAGGGGGACGACGGCGCCCAGUGUUGACGGAAGAUAGUCGUGGCCAUUACCCAGAAGCCUAAAGGCUCGGCUCCGUGCCAAGGGCUCAACAAAGCUUGAGGGUUUGUUCCAGACAUACCAAGCCUUGUGUGUGUGUGUGUGUGUGUGAGUGUGUGUGUUCGUAUCUGGAUGGUCUGCCGGCAGACUGGGACUUGAAGUGAGGUCUAAGCAGGUGAUGGCAACACCAGGAGAGUUUUCCUCGGGGGGUGCGGGGAGGGAUUUAAGUGCUAAGACUUAACAAAAAAAACUGAAAAAAAACAACAAAAAAAAACAGUGCAUUUGACGACACACUCGUCAAGCAAAAAGAUGACUUGAACUUCGACUGGAGGGCUAUCCGUGACCGUCGGUUGUCCUGUCCAACCCUACUAUCACCGAUAAUCCUGUUCCAUUUUAGAAAAAAAAAACUGUAGAAGUGCCUAAAAAAUGCUCAUCAACAACACAUCCGAGAGUGUAUCACUUAAAAAGUCACACACACAAACAACACCCGGUCGUCAGAAGCCGCAUGGACUUUUUUUCCGGGACAAAAAAAACCCCAGACGUUUUGGAAGCAGUUUUCUAUCGAACGGCUCAUUAACAUCACAAGUGACUUAAUCGAAAAGAAAUUAAAGAAACGACAAAUCAAAAAAUAGCUUUGUAGAAUGUUUGGUGUACCAUCGUUUCUUACCAUGGUUUGAGUAGUUUACAUGAGGAACAUGAGUGAGAUUAAGAAAAAAAAACGUAUUGUAAACUGUGUAAUGUAUGUAAAAGUGUCUCUUAUUUUGAGAGUUUAUAUUCAUGGUUCUAGAAAUGUAUUCAAAGUUAUUUAAAAAUUUGUGUCGUGUCUACUAUCAAGGUAUGUUUGAACCCCGCCCUGACCCUCCACCACCUCCACCACCUGGAACAAUCAUUCGUUUCUCAGCCAACGUCACAAAAAUCUUUCAUUUUUUUAACGAACAGCGGCGCGUUUUAACUAAAUUUUACUUCCCAUUCUCUCAAAAUUCUGAUGUAAUUUCAUGGUGCUUGAUUAACAUCGACAAUCCACAAUCGUACAUUUAUUUUCUUCGGUUUCAUUCACUUCGAUUGUCUUCAUUAUGAUGUGUGUGUAAUAUUUGUGGAAGGUGGUGAAAGUUCUAUUUUGUUGUAAUUUAUCUUACGUUACUCUUGGUCAAACUUUAGUCGGAAAAACAAACAAAAAAAAUGUUGUAAACUAUUCUAUUUUGAAAUGAAUGUAAUUUAUUGAGCUGUGCUACGUUCUGCACGGUUGGUCAUUUCAAGGUCUAACCUGUCAGGUCAGCCAAUGAGAAGCCGCACACGUCUGAGGGGCGGGGCUUCAAAACCCGCCAAUAGGAAAGCUACUGGAUCUCUCUUGCCUUCUCAUUGAUUUAAAAAAACAAAAAGAUCACGGGUGUUGCAGUAAUGAGCAUAGUUAUAGAGUUGCUUGUGUUGUUGGACAAAAAAAAUGUUUAUUGUAUAGAUGACAUUUUACCAAAAAAAGCAAAGAAAAUUUCAAAAAAGAUGUACUUUUCACUCUAGUAUAAUAGUAUUUCAUAACAAUAUUAAGUUGUUGCUGUGGCAACCAAACGUUGCAAUUACUAAAGUUCGGUAUUUUUGUAAAUGACAUUAUUGUUCAGUUGAUUUUUUUUUGUUUCUUUUUUGCUAGAACACUGUACACAAGGUAGAUUGUAAAGAAGAUACGAACAUUUCUUAUUCUUCACUGAGAUUAUGACAAUGACCUAAUAUUUUCAUUAGUGAAUAACAGCCUCUAUAGUGCUGUGACUGUAACACUUAUAGAUUUAAAGUCAUCAAUGUUACAUAGAUUGCAUAUAAAUAUAUAUAAAUAUAUAUAUAAGAACUAAAUAAUCUAUAAAUUAAUAAGCUCAGAUGUACAACUCUUCCCCCGACAAAGGACCUCUGGGUUCCACACUUUUAUUUGAGGCGUAUGUAUCACUAGAGUUUAGGAUUGCACUUUCAUAUUGUUUAAAGAUCUGUUUUUUCAUUUCCUUCAAGGGUUUCCGAUCUCUGCGCCAUCAAUCAAAAGCAGAUCCUACAUUUUGCAUGGGAAAACGAUAUUUUCUUUUUCUUACUAAAAUAAUAACGUACUGAAUGUUUCCAGUGAAAAAAAAUGUCUGUACACAAAAAUGUCCCCACGAUGCCCUUGUGUAUGGAAUCCUCUUGAGAUGUAAUGUUUUGUUUUUCUUUCUUUUAUUUUGAAAUGUGUUGGCAGUGAUGGUAAAAUGAAAAAAAAAAUGUAAGCACUUUCUGAGCAGUUGGUCAACUGAGCAGACUCAGCUUAUCCAAACACUUUGCCUUAUCUUGAGUCCAUCGUGCUUAAGGUUUUAUGUUUUUAAGAGCUCUUAUAAAUUUUAUUGAAGGGACUCCAGCUGGUCUCUCUCUUCUCAAAUCCCUUCGGAGUUUCAUUUCAGAUGUGUAUCUUUAAAUCGGAAAAUCAUUUUUUAAGGUUUUAACGUGUGCGUCGCAAGGCCAAAAAGAAAAAGGAGGGUGGCUGCAGCAGAGCGAACAGUCACUUUUGGAUCUAUAAUGACAUCUUUUUCGCCCCAUUGCCUUACAAUGGAAGCGUUUGAAGCGUGUGAUCCACAGCUUUAGCCAGCAGAGGGCGCUACACUGGAGACUAACUGGACCGUUGCAGUUUCCCAACAAGACAUGAAGACAAAUUGACAAAAAAAAAGACCCUCAUCGGAUUUACAGUUUCAGUGUAAUCAUUUUUAAAUGUAUUCUUUUGCAUAUAUUUUGUGCUAUUUUAUGUUUCUAUAGUCAAAAAUGUUUCUUUGGUUCCAGCAGGAUAGUGUAAAAUCUAUUGAAAGAAAGAAAUAAAGAAAAUCAAAGGAA